AUGCUUCACCACCUUUUACGUGAUCCGAAUAAAGCGCAAUUGUCAUUUCAUAUCCAUAAUCAUCUUUUGGCUAUCUCAUUUUCUGGUAGGAGUGGUUCUAAUACUGGAAAUUUUCGUUUCUCUUCUUGUAUUCAGAAAGCAGGUAUUCAGGUUCAAUUGUAUCAUGAUGAAGUACGUGAAGCUCGCGAAGUAUCUUUUGAACUCUCUCUGGACCAAGUUUCAGAAGGUCUGCAAAUACUUUUGACACUCUUCCUCAAUCUCAAGAUACUCGAUCAGUACACUGUUGUCAGCCAUCUUCCCCCGGUUGAAUCUUUAACUGAAACCUCAACUAGAUUCUUGACUAAAUCUUCAAUCAAUUCAUCGACUGGUUCUUAG